AAAACUAGUAACAGCACCAAAACAGCAUUGGUCCUGCUACGCACUGCAAUGUCUCACUAGAGUUCACUCGCUUCCUCUGUCCUGUCAUUUCUGGUUGUCUGAAUCUUCUCAGAGGGCUAUCGCAGAAGUCCACUCUGCGCACGCGAGUUGCCGGCUCACUAACGCCGUUGGCACGAUCCCACACGAUGUCUCGCGCUUCCGGAUCCUUAGUUGGCCAUAAUUUCACUUCUUUCGAUGGUGCCGUACGGUCUACGUGGAAAUUAUCGGCCUUCUACUUGAUUCUCAACACGUGGAACGAAUGGUUACGCGGUUUCAAUGACGGCGUCCAGGACAUUCGUUCCUUCUCGUCGGAGGCUUCGGUUCAUCUCGUGCUGGUGGAAGUGAUCAAGUUGUGUCUGAGCUUGGCAUACUCCCUGUGGCAAUCAAAGUGGAGACUUUCGCAGUACGCCUCCACCGGUCCGUACCACUCAGACGAAGAAGCGAAUGUGGCAUCAGAUCCCACAGACUCUCUGAGGCUCUAUUCUCAUGGCCAUGAGAGUCCGCGUGGAUCUGUGGAAGGCAUGGUUGCAAUACUUGACAUGUACUUGGUUCUGUCUUGCGGAACGCUCUGCACCCUCCUUUUAUCGCAUCUUAUGCUCCUUCAGUCAUUCCCUGCAAUCCAAUGGCACGCCGCGAUUCUCCAGUCAUGUGGGUUCCUGAUGCUUCAGAUGUGGCUCGUAUUGCAUGUCUCUGCACAUAUACCCUAUCCAAUCUUCAUCGGCGCAGUGUUCUCUCGGUCGCUAUCUUCUGUGAUAUGCAAACACCUUUACAUCACACACGGCAGCAUACCUUGGUAUUCUCUGAAUAAUGCCCUGUUCGCAUUCGGAGCCAUCAUCCGUCUGCUGUCUUACUCGUUCUCAGAUGCAACCGAACCAUUCUGGGUUGCAUUGGGUUCUCAUCCAUUACGAACGCUCAUUACGUGCGGCACAGCUGCAACAGCCGAAUUAUCAAGGAUUGUAGCGAUCUAUUACUGGGACCCUGCUACAGAAGGUAUCCUAUCAUCGACGAGCACCGCGGUGUAUGUGCUCUUUGUCAGCUCUUGGGCUGGGAACUCUUGGCUGGGAGUCGUCCUCGGUUGCUUCAUCGUAAUAUCAGCCUGCGCCAUUUAUGUCUUAUAUCAAUCGGAUACAAACGACGAACAACGACAUGGGAAGCCUUGGUUUCCCUUCCGCAGGACAGCGAGCGGCGCUGUCCUUCUGUCCGCCGUUUUCUAUCUCGCCUUCACCGCGUCUCACGAGUGGGGGAGUGCGCUCCACCGGACAGGCAGGCCAACCUCUGUGGGCGACCUCGUCGUGACCUCGCCAUCUAGAUGCGUUCGAAGGCCGCUUGCGUCAUGGACUUACUGGCCCGACGAACGCACGUUCCAUGCAUUUGACAAUGUACUGCUCAUUGUCUUCUUUAGCCAUGCGAGGUACGACGCCAACCUCGACUUCUAUCGGGAAGUGUACUCCCAGUUCUUUCCCAACAUCGUCUUUGUCGGUCCUGGAACGCGCGAAGACAAGGGGUUCCAGCACUCGUAUGACGUGCUCGUAGACUCGUACGAGUCUGACGAAGAUCUCUCCGACCCAGCGUUCUACAAGAUGGCAGGCAGGAUGGCGCACCACAUGCUCUUCACGGCGAUGAAAGAAUACGACUGUUACGACGGGUACCUCUGGGCGCCUUUCGAUACGCUCCUCAACGUGCCGCGCCUACAACUAUUCGACCAGCGAUACUUCUGGUACCACUCUCCUGCUGCGACAUACGUGCCUAACCCUGCGCUGGGCGACUCAGUUGCAGGUGCCAACGCGAGCCGGCACGCACCUCCGGCGAACAUAUCGCCUGACCCAUACCUCGACCUAUCGUCAGCCUGGAAGGGAUGGGUUCAGGAUUGGUGUGAUCCCCAUGUUGGUCUCAGUGUGUGCAUUCCGGCCUUCCACCGCGUCCCGCCGCCACUGCGAGAACAGCUCAGAGAGCGCUUGGACCCGUACACGAACAGCACAACCCGUCUCAUAGGAGGCUCGGCCGAUACGCUCUAUAUCCCCGGCAAGCAUCGGCAAACACACUGCUUCCUCGAGAUCGCGACGCCUACAGUUGAGCCAAUCCUCUUUGUUGACCAUUGGUGGAUCUGGCAGCCGCCCUUCAACGCGUCUUACGGAUACGAAGUGGACACGUUCCACACCUUCCAUUGGGGCGACCGCGAUUCGACCGGGGCCUGGCGUGGCAAUCCCGCACAUAUAGCGGAUGUGCGCGCGCUGUUGGGAGAGUCUGCGCGGCGCCAGGGCGUUGAGUGGCCUUGGACUAGCACAGUUCCGGUCACUGCCGGAACGCCGAGGUCGACGCCAUGAGACACGAGGACUUCUAGUUUGCAAGACCGGGCUGGACCGUGGACGUUAUCUUCAUUUCGAACCUCGAACACAUGGACCACUAUCGUAUACCACACGCUAGAUGAAUACUUUCGUUCAAACCAUUUCUAUCUCUAUUUCUAACACUGCUAACUACCGAUAGUACUUAUGACUACGGGACAGAUGGCAAAUAAUCAUAUGCACGAAGAAACUCUAUUGGGCACAUGUGGUGUGCUCGGCGUCCGGGUGAUGGCAGAAACGCAGAAGGUCGCUGUGACCCGUGUAUGGCCGAUGCUCGCCUUCGUUGUUGUGCAAGUGUCGUGAGUGGUAGUCGGACUAGACCAUCACCAGACACUCCGCAGAACUCAGUUCAUAUUGACUGGUAACUGGUACCUCGGCUGAAGCAUCCACUGCGUGUGCAAUCAUCCCACCUUUUUUGUAUGUUUCAUUGUCUUCGAAUGGCGACCCUAUGCUGCUGCAGACGCA